UUCGGGAUCGCAAGCAAAUACUGAAUACAUUUCAUAUCCAUACAUAAAUACAUUUUCCAUUCGCGAUAAUCAAACAGAAAAGGGAAAAGACUAUUAGAAACAGAAAAAAAGACAGAUAGAAGAGUAAAUUAGAGUAACGUACACUAAACUGUUUUCCUUCAUUUCAUUUAAUUUUAUUUUUCGUUCGUCGACAUAUAAACACACGAAAAAAAAACGCUUGGUGUCAAUCUGAAUAGGAAUGAAUUUAUCAAGUACUCAAAUUUAUUUUUGUGAAACAAACACCAACACAAAAUGAAAGCACAUUGUGUAUAAAUUUCAAUCAAAUAGAUGAAAAAAAACGAAUUAUAUACAAACAAUAUCGUUAUCAAUUUUUCGCGAAUUACGCAAAAUAGCAUUAAUAAAAAAUCGUAAAAAAUAAAACAUUUAAAAAGAACGAAAACAAAACCGAACGAGAAAACAAAGUAAGCAAGAGACGAAAAGAUUAAAAAUAAUGCGCGUGGUGAAUUAAUCUUCAGCAUUAAAAAAAAAAUUGUAUAUCAUAGUGUGUAUCUGUAUUUAGCAGAGUUUGAGCCGAUGCUCAUCCGUUUUCAAUUUUCAAAACAAUGUGCUUUUGUGAUAAAAAAAAUUCAUCGCUUGGCUAAGGCAGAUAGAGAGUGUUUGCGCGAGAGAAAUGUGUAUGGUAUUUUGGACAAGAAAAGUAUUCGAAGGUGUUUCGAUUCUCAAGGAAAACAAAUAAAUAAACACACACACAGCGAAUAAAUAAAUAAUUGGUAUUGUUUUCUUGUCAAUUUCGAUGAAAAUGUAUAUUCAAUGCUGCAGAAAAUCAACCAACUUCAACUGAAUCCCACGGACAAGUAAACAUAUUGAAGUGAGCCGAAAAAAAUCAUAGAGGGCAAUUUGAGCGUUAAAACAUACGACCACACCACCACCACCACCACCACCGACAAUUGACGUUUAUUCAUUCUGCUGUGUGUCUGAAUGAGUUUAAGUCAAAUUCGUUUUCAGCCGUUUUUUCUCACUUUUUUUUUAUUGGUGAUUGUGUAGCGUCUAAUAUAACAUUUUCAUACACAAUAUCGUGAAAAAGCUGAGGCAACAGGAAAGUGGACGCGUACUCCAAAUUUUCGGAUUUAAAGAAAAAUGAGUUUCUUCAAUUCACUUCAACACUAUGUUACAACCGGUGUAGCUGGUUUGGGACUGAGUCCACGACGUUUUUCGCUGUCACGUCAGGAAUCAAGUGAAACACAGCAACCGCCACCACCGUUAACGCAAACGGAACGAAGAGAAAGCAACAAUUCUCAACAUCAUGGUUUUCCAAAAGUUGUACCAGCGCCAGGUACAAUAACACCUCCACAGAGCCAAGGCUCAAUUCGACGACAAUCACGUGCACUGGAAUGUUUGGCGCCACCUCGUAAAGGAUCGUUUCGUACGCAGCGCGUCUCACCAGUACAUCAAGCAUCGACAUUAGAUCGACCACCUUUGGCAUUUUGCAAACGACGUUUAUCAUGGCCGGAAGUGGAAACACAGUCAACAUCUGGUAUUCAGGAAACGGAUGGUGGAUACUUUGAAGCCUUUACAGCGCUAGCAUGGAAACGAGACAAUCGUCGUAUGUCAGCAGUGCGUACAGCUGAAACUCGAGCCGAAAUGAUACCAGAGAAAGAGCACGAUCAACAAGCCAACGAAGAAAUCUCUGAUACGCCAGAUGAAAAAGAACAAUUAUAUAUUGAAAUAUUGCAAACGAUUGUGCAUUCUGUUGGUGCACCAGCACCAGGCAGUCAGUUUCACCACUACAAAGAUGAUAUGUUUCUGCAAGCGCAACGUGCAUUUGGUGUUUCACCUGAACGUCACUAUCGAUUGUUGCAUACGGCCGCCGAGGAAAAACCAAGAAUCGUCGUAUUGAAUGUGCUUGUGCAAGCAGCCGACAACCUAGAAGCGAAAGAUGCAAAUGGAUUUAGUGAUCCAUAUUGUAUGCUUGGAAUUCAGCCAGGCGGAACGCCAAUUUCGCCUUUGCCACCACCAAUGACACCCCGAACGUUGAGCGAUGUAGGCUUCGACAAUAAUCUAGAUUCGCCACACCAGAGCGAUAAAUUACGCAAACACCAUAGUUUCCGGUUGAGUUUUAAGCGAAAAGAUGGACGACGCGAACACCGAGAUUCACUCAAUGGUCCAGUACCUGCGAAAUUUAUUCGUGCUACAUCCAUUAAAUCGCAUACAUUAUCACCGAAAUGGCAUGAAAAAUUCAAGUUUGACAUAGACGACAUAAAUACGGAUAUAUUCCACUUGGAUAUUUGGGAUCAUGAUGAUGAAAGCUGUGUGUUAGAUGCUGUAUCGCGUUUAAACGAAGUACGAACGGUUCGUGGUUUAGGUAGGUAUUUUAAGCAAGUGUGUCAGUCGGCCAGACAAGGAACGCAAGACGAUUUUUUGGGUUGUGUGAACAUUCCACUUUCGGAAAUUCCAUCAACUGGAAUUGAUUCGUGGUUUAAAUUGGAAGCGAGAAGCCAUCGAAGUAUAGUGCAAGGGCGAAUUAAACUAAAACUUUGGCUAACAGCACGUGAAGAUCGUGGCCAAUGCGAAGAGGAUGAAGUUUCCACUGAUCAUGAUAUAUGGAAAUUGCAGCGUUUGCAUAAGAUUAUGAUGUCACAUGAAAUUCUAACGCACGAACCAUCAUGGACAUGGAGUGGUGAUCUAUCGGGUCCAUCAUUAACGAUUUUACAUCAAAUGGCCGUUCAAUGUGAUUUAUCCGAUUUACAAUGUGCGAUAGCUAAAUUCAUUGCCGUCGCUCAAUUGAAUCGCACAACGCCAAUCGAUCCCAAAUUUAUUCAUCGUUUAUUGCUCGAUAUAGAUCAUUACUGGAAUCAACCGAAUCAAAAUAAAUUGUCACGUGAGGCUGAACAAUGGUUGGCAGAAGCAUUUAACAUUUUCAUUGACAAAUCGUUGUCUCAAAUUCGGGCGCAUCGUGAUAUAUUUCCGGCUUUACAUCCACCGUCAUUGAUACGUUUAGAAUUUUUGCUAAAAUGCUUGGGCAUAUUUAGCAAAUUUCAGGCAUACAAACAAGUGUGUCCAUUUAGCAAAGGCGUUCGCGGUGAAGUUGUUGGCGCUCUUCGCAAGGGUUCCAUUCAAUGGGCACAAUUUUUUCUACGCGAAUCUCAACGGCUUUACAGCUCGUUGAUUUACUUCGUAACCACAAUAAUCGCAAACAUUCAGCUAGGCUUAAUCUAUUAUCAAUCAUUAUUUGAAGCAACUAUUGGUGUUCAGUAUUUUAGCAUUGUGUAUAAGCAAUUCGAUGUUAUCAUAGCCGAGGAGGUAUCGUCACGUAUGGAAUCUGGUCAAGUGCUCGGGUCAACAUUGAGUCAAUGUACGGUGCUCGAAGGCGAUAAAGAACCGGCCGAUACACGUCCGUUUGAAUUGUAUUUAGUGUUACAAGAAUUUGAUUUGUUAAAAAAUCAUUUGGCGGUAAUGCCCCACCCAACUGAAAAACCUUUGGCACUUCAAAACUAUCAUAAUUGGUUUGUACCGACUGUACAACGAUGGAUAAUGGUUGGCAAAGCAAAGGCAUUGAAUCGUGUUCGAGCUGCAAUUUCAUUAGAUAAAAUAUCAGAAGGUGAUAGAAUUGUUCGUCAUACCACGUCAUCAGUUGAUGUUGCCGACAUUUUAUAUCAAAUGCGUGAAUUUUGGAAGCUCCUCAAUUGGCCGGAUGUUAAUUCGGCACAAGCAUUUGAAUCACAAAUAACGGACGCAGUGUGCUCGUGUGUGAUUCAUUAUGCUGACUUGAUACAUCAGCAGCUCGCCGACACUGGCUACUAUGAACAUCAAGGACCGUUUCGUACAUCGGACGAUAUGUGUGUUACCGUCAAUAAUUUGGAGCAUGUACGACGUGCACUAUCCGAAUAUCAAACGGACAAAUCCGAAAUGUCCGGUCAACAGCCACCCGAUCAAUCUGAUAUUUUGCUUGAGUCAACUUUGGCACAAUUAGAAAAUCGCGUUGAGCGUGUUCUCAGUAAAUUGGCACCAUCGAUGCAAGUUCCCUUACAAAAAGCUGUAUUCCAUUUGGCAUGGUCACCCGAAUCGCUACCAACGAAUCAGGCAAUCGUACCGCUGCUUGAAUAUUUGGAUGUACAUUUAUCUGCAUUGAAUUCGGCAUUACUCAUGAAAAAUUUCAAUCGUGCUCUCACCCUAAUUUGGAAUACCGUUCUAAAUGAACUCUCACGACAAAUGGAUACGGGCGGUGAAGGUGAAAAAACAAAAAACUUUCACGAUCGAUUGUAUGAAGCAUUGCAAUUGCUUGUCGACUUUUUCAAUGCUGAAGGAUUGGGUUUGCCGCUCGAAGCAUUGCACAAUGAUACAUACUGGAGAGUGGAUCAACGUCUUCAAUAUCAUAAAAAAGACACCGACAAAUUAAUCGAUAUAUUUUAUUUACAACGCUUGCAAGAGCAACUAAUGGUCGCAUCGCCCGGACCAUAUGGAGUUUUGGCUGUUCGUGCAUAUUUCAAUCAUGAUUCAUUGUGUGUAGAAGUGCUGAGUGCCAGAGACAUCAUACCAUUGGAUCCGAAUGGUUUCAGCGAUCCAUUUGUGAUUGUUGAAUUACUUCCAAGACGAAUAUUCCAGUACUGUGCUGAACAACAAACAAAUGUACACAAGAAAACUCUCAAUCCAAACUUUGACGAAUGUUUCGAGUUUUCGGUAACACUUGAACAAUGUUUGGCUGAAGGUGCAAUGAUCGCAUUUACGGUUAUGGAUCAUGAUGUAUUAACCGCAAAUGAUUUUGCUGGCGAAGCGUUUUUGGCAUUAGGUAAUAUUCCUGGUGUGGCUGAUUACAGUACAAGCAUAGACAAUUUUCACGGACUAAAGCAGGUGGAUUUGCCAUUAAUGCAACAAAACGAUAAAAAUCAUCCGAUUCUACAAAUUUUAGAGUCACGUGCAAGCGACAAACAAGCCAUGGAUUUUGUGCGUAAGCAAAAAGCUCGACUCGCAUCUUAAUCUCAUUAAUCAUACAAAACAUUUGAUAAACAUUACGAAUCCAUAUGGAAAUAAUGAAACAAACAGACAAAAAAAUGAAAAUCCCUCUCAGAAAUUAAGUAAAUGCACAACUUUUGUAAUUCAACGAUUCAUUAAAUGCACUCUAGUUUUAUAGCCAUUUUGUCGCAAUAUUAAAUUUCGGCUUCGGCUAAAAUACAUACACACAUCACACAUAUACAAAUAGAAAACCACUCAAUAUGUCAUUUGCCCAAAUAAAUGUAUGCGCAAAAAAUGAUGAAAUGAUUGGAACGCGAAAAUCAUCAGAAAUUAAUAAUGACAAAAUGAUUGAACACUGACUAGAUAAAAUUUUAAUUUAUUUUGACCCUUGUGCACGCGCGUUCGCAUCAACUAAAUAAUACUUAAUAGGAGAAGAAAUGAAAAAAAAAUAACAAACACAGAAAGAAGAGAAAACCAAAGGGGAGAUGGAAAAAAGUUUGAGAGUUUGGGAGCUCAAAAAAAAAUGAAUAAGUGUGUAUCCAUAAUAUUUUGGAAGCGUAUACAUGGCCUGUCAAUUGAUUAAAGAUGAACAGAAUAAUAAAACAAAUGAAUGGAACUCUGUUACGCAAUAGCAAAGAAAAAGAUUUGAAAAAAAAAAAACCAGUCGAUACUCAAUUGGAUAAUAUUCUAUGUCAAUCAGCCAAACGACAUCGAACGAAAAGUGAAACGUUCAAAAAUGAAUUUCGAUGAAUAAAAACAAUUGAAGCACAGUUUCUCUCGAAUAUUCGAUUCUCGGCCGAAUCAAUGUUGAUAUGCGAUCUUCUCUUUAACUAGCAACUACUUGGUUGAACAGAGUGUGCUUACGCAAGUGUACCACAGUUAGAAACAGAAUAACAAUCCAAAAUGAAAAAUAAACAUACACAUCACUGUGAGAGUAUAAAAAUAAUAUUACCAAAAAAUAUGUUGUUUGCAAUGAAUAGAAGUGUGUGCUAUUUAACAAAACAAAAAGGGGUCAUGAAAAAGAAAUGGCAUUACAUAUAACCGACGAGACAUAUUUUACAAGGAAUUAUCACACACAAUCGUAUUUUAUAUAUGGUGUCGAUUCAAAUUCAAGCUUUGUGAGAACUUAUUGACGAUGAGAUUGAAAAAUAGGACACUAUACACAUAGUAUAUAUAUACAAGUUGAUUUUAUGUACAAUCAAUUUAUUUUUGGAAAUGUAUAACACUACCAAAUUCCAAUAUGCAUACGAUAUAAUAAUAAUAUAUGAUGAAACAGAUUCCUGAGAAUUCUUCAAAUAUUGUCUGUGUGUUUGUGUAAAAUCGAGGACAAAAUAUUUAAAUCGAACAAUCAUACAGUCCUAAAUAUUCGUUCAAUAGAAUUAUUGUGCCAACACUAACAAUUAUGGAUGCUUAUUAGUUUCGUUUUAUUUCUUAAUUGUUUUCGUCGCAUAUUUAUUCAUUAAUCGAAAUUGGAACUGAGAC